UUCCUUCAGUUUUCAGAACAAAAGCUUCAGAGGUGAAACUUCCCUGUGAAAGGCAACGUGUGGAAGUAGAGCUGCGGUGGCUGCACAUAUUUGCUGCACUCAGGUUUCCAAAAUAUUUCAGAUGUUUUCAAAGGCUGACUGCAAUUGCUGCCCAAAAAAAAUGAUUCCCCCCCCCCCCCGAAUAACGUGCUGUCUCCCACUUGUCAGUACCAGCCUCUCAUAUUAGACACCCGCAUACAGGGCUGGCAGCAGCUGAAGAGCCAGCACCGGUCCUGGCAUCACCAGUGCUGCCAUUUCUUCCUCUGCUUCUCACCAGAGAAAAAGUAAAUGUGGGUUUUUGACGUGGGUUUUCUUCCUUUCAAUACAGUUUUAAUUAGUGCAUCCCGCACUUGGGGUUUUUAUUAGCACAGACAGCUUGGGAAAAAAGGAAUGUGCCAGCUCCUCCGCACCAGGAGCCACUGUCCUGCUCAGAGCACAGACUUUGUACCGCAGUCCUGAAAGCCCUCCUCAAAACGGGUUCAUUUCCAUGAAGAGAUGGGACGAUUUCCACAAAUGGAAAUUGUUUUUAAGUACAAAAAAACAUUUAGUCAGGAAAUUCCAGGCUGGGCUGAACUGCGGGGCGAUGGAGGAGCCGCACAAAGCGAGCGUGGGGUGCCAGGGCCCUCCAUGGGGAGAGCUCGGAUUCCUGUGGUGCUGGCAGGAUGCGCACACAUCUGCAUGCACACACGCAUCUGUGCACACACAUGCAAAUACAUACACAGGGCUGCGGGCACAGACACUUGCACACACAUGGAUGCGUGCCCAUGGGCACACCUGCACUGCUGUCGUGCCCACAUCCACAUCCCCACUGCCCCCAGGAGCCUGAAGAGCCCUGGCACAGCCUGGGCACAUCCAGAGAUGGUGCAGGGGGAGAAGCAGAGGGCAGAGGCAGUGCUUGAAGGACAAGCCCGGAUGCCCCAGCUGGGACCUCAUAAGAGGCCCGAUGGGCACCGUGCAGUGGAGCUGAGCGUGGGCUCCUCUCCAAAUUCAUGGGAAUCAUCCCCAGCCUGCGAGCUGCCGACGUCCCCUUUCGCCCACCAGUGUUCCUGUCCCAGCCCCGGGGCAGGCGGGCUGCGGGGAACGCUGGCUGCAGCCGUCAUCGGAGCCGCAGGAAGCCAGCCUUACUGCAUGUGCAGCCCAGAGCCUGCGUAACUCCACCUCGAGCACUCGUCCUCGCACACAGGGAGCAGCCAGCACCGAGAUCAUGGGAGGGACGUCGCAGCACGGCCCCGAGGACUGCCGCUUUCUGGAUGCAGAAGCAUCCAAGACCCGUAAGAAGACCUGCACCAGGUACAAGGUCUGCGGGCUGCUCUUCAGCGUGCUGCUCAUUGCUCUCAUCCUCGUACUCUUUGGUGUCAAACACCUGUGGAACCCAGCAUCCAGACAAGUCUAUGACAUGGAGCACACCUUCUUCAGCCACGGCGAGAAGAAGAAAAUUGUGAUGGAGAUCGACCCGCUGACCAGGACGGAGACCUUCAGGAGUGGGAAUGGCACUGAGGAGAUCCUGGAGAUCCACGACUUCAAGAAUGGAAUAACUGGCAUCUUCUUUGUGGGACUUCAAAAGUGCUUCAUCAAAACUCAGACCAAAGUCAUACCUGAGACUACGGAGGCCAAGAUCCCUGAGCUGGAGGGUGAAGAAAUCACCACCACCUACUUUGAGCAGUCCAUGGUCUGGGUGCCUGGAGAAAAACCCAUUCAGAACAAGGAGUUCCUGAAGAGCUCCAAGAUUUUUAACAUUUGUAGAAACGUGACCAUCUACUGGAUCCACCCAUCCCCAAUAGCAGCUCCGGAGCUGGCUGGCUUGGAAAGAACAGAAGAAGAAGACACCGGGCUGAUCACGGAUGACCAGAGCUGGCUGGAUGGGGACAAUGAGCGUGGGAUGGAGGCUGCCCUACCAGGACCCAAGCGCCGGACACGGCAGCUGACAGAAGAGGACCUGCCUGUCAACGACUAUACAGAGAACGGGCUGGAGUUCCACCCACUGUGGGAUGAGCGGGGCUACUGCUGUGCACAGUGCCGCCGUGCCAACCGCUACUGCCGGCGGGUCUGCGAGCCGCUGCUGGGCUACUACCCCUACCCAUACUGCUACCAGGGCGGCAGGGUGAUCUGCCGUAUCAUCAUGCCCUGCAACUGGUGGAUCGCACGCAUGCUGGGCCGGGUGUAAGCCCUGUGCGCACCCACUGAGCCCCCAGGUAGAGGCCUGCAGGCCGUGGGACCCCCAAACAGGCUGCGGAUCCCGAGUGUGGCUCCGAGGCUGGGCCAGGCUGGCGUCAUCGCCCCACUGAGCGGCGAGAGGCAAGCAAUAAAUGUCCUAUAUGAGCGAUUGCAAAGAAAA